AUGUUUGAGCCAGUCGGACGGCAACCUACAUUGAACCCCGCCCCAGUGACCAGGAAACGCUAUAGGGGUAUAUCUAAUCACCGACGUCCAACUCCACCAACCGGCCUUUCAUACGACAAAGGCGCUGAAACAGAGCUAUAUAUGGGUCCCACAAGGGACGUUCCCGGCUCCGUUAGCCGGUCUCCGCCCGGGAGCAACCAAAUUGAGAUCGCCUACAUCAAUGCUUCUGACCUUGCUCACCCUUUGAACUCUGAGAUUUUGACCUGA